UUAAACGCGAUUUGUGACUUGACUGGAGCUGGCAGCGCUGUAUUCUCACUCUCCUGAAACACGCCGACAGGAAGUUAAUCGACGAUCCAUCUGGCGAUCGCUGAUACAUCAGCUUAUCGCCGGCGGCUCUCGGAAUCCCUCUGGACAGAAAUAUUGUCUCUUCGGUAUUUUCCGGAGGAUGACCGGACCAUCAUGGUUGGUUGAUAGUAAACGAAUUGCCAAAAAGAUAAAAAGUGCAUCAAAGAAGGCAGAUCCCACUAACAUCCAAUGGAUUAGCAACCCCACUAAAGCUUGUCCACGGUGCAACUACAUUCUCGAUAAUAGUGAUGUUAUCCAAGAGUGGCCAGGCUUACCUCAUGGUGUCAAAUUUGAUCCGACUGAUCAUGAGCUUCUGUGGCAUUUGAUCGCUAAAGUUGGAAAAUCAGGUGGAAGUCCUCAUCCUUUCAUAAAUGAGUUUAUCCCAACAGUCGAAAAGGAUGAUGGAAUAUGCUAUACACAUCCUCAGAAAUUACCAGGAGUUAAAAUGGAUGGGAGUGUUACUCACUUUUUUCAUAGAACGUUCAAGGCAUACAACACUGGGACUCGCAAGCGUCGUAAGAUAAACACCGAGGAUCAUGGGGAUGUUCGCUGGCACAAAACAGGAAAGACAAAACCAGUGGUUUUAGAUGGGGACCAACAGGGAUGUAAAAAAAUUAUGGUUCUGUAUGCCAGUGCUGUCAAGGGAGGCAAAGCUGAGAAGACUAAUUGGGUGAUGCACCAGUACCACCUUGGCACUGGUGAGGACGAAAAAGAUGGCGAAUUCGUUGUCUCUAAAAUAUUUUAUCAGCAACAGUUCAAACCAUUUGAAAGAGGCAGAGUAGAACCAAUCAUUGAGAAUGAAGAGACAGGUAGUGGAGAAAUGGAAACUGUGAUGUGUGCCGGAUCUUCAACUCCUGAUUAUCAUGGGGAAAACCAACAUCUGAUCAAAAUCUCUGAGAUCUCUGAUCAGGCUGAUCUUAUCCAAACUUACUCAGCAGAAAACUAG